CUUCUAUCUGAUAUGUUUGCACAUGCAAUUUACAUUUGUUUUUCAUUUUUUGUGUGUUUAAAAAACAUAUUUGCACUCUUAUUCAGUAUUACAUUACUUUAGUUUCAUCUAAAUGUAACUAUAUAUUUCCAGUGUGUUAUGGAAUAUAUAUCGAAGAAGACCAAAACAUUCUUAAAGACAUAACAUGAAUUAUAAACAGUAUAUUUAUAAAAUAGGUGUGUGGACAGUAUACGUACAGAAACACAUGCCAAUGUAAUUGGAUAUUUUCCAAAUUGCUUUCAUGGGUGAAAAAAUAUUUCUACAUUAUAUGUUUGAGCAUACAUGAAUGUCUGUUAAGUGAUUAAGGUCAUUAUUUGCUGACACUGAAAUAACUAUUAAUAUAUUAAUAACUAUAUCUUAUACAAAAGACUCAAUUGUGAUAAGCCAACUCCCACCCAGUGUACUAUUGUUGUGUCUUCAACCUGUGAACAACAUCUACUGCAGAGGGGGGAGGUGUCAACAACAGCGAACGAAUUUGUUGGCCAGUUUAAAAAAACCUACCCGUGUCUUGGACAUGAAAGGUGUUAUAGGUCUGAAAUCGAACACUUUUUGUUUUUUAUGCACUCUUCAAAUGCAUUUUCAUGACUAAUAUGUCCUAGCCACAGUGAAAUGAUUGUUAUUAUGUUCAGUCACCCUCCCCACCCUCCUGCUGCGGUUGAAUUUGGUACGGUCCAUACUGUGUAGCGGCACCGUCCCCCUCACGUCAGUUUAUGGUGAGUCCGUGUCCACUUCUGCUAUACUGGAGACGUGUGUCGGCUUUACAGUCCGCCGUGUGUUGAACCGGGGAUGCUGGGGAAUCCGUGAAGUCGUCCGUGGGCUCCUGGGCAUGGUUCUGUCACCGCCAGGAAAUGAAUGUUGUUAAUAACUCGUCUAUUCCUCUCAUUAGCAGUAAACACGCAGCGGCAGUGUCCGCAUGAGAGAGGCGCCUCCGUUGAAUUUUAGCCGUUUUUUUCAAAUUCUUUGACGGUUGAAGAAGAAACGGCAGCAGCAGCAGCAGCAGCAGCAGCCACACAGGGAGCACAACUAACGAGCCGCGGCCGCUUGACAGGUGCCGUCGCCCGGGCUCCGUGUGAAGAGAUGCCGCCCGUCCAGAGGACCAUGUCUGAUCUUCGUACCCGGGCGGAGGGAUAUGAAAAGACAGAGGACACAUCAGAAAAGACAUCCCUAGCAGACCAAGAAGAUGCCCGAAUGAUACACCUCAACCAGCCGCAGUUCACUAAGUUUUGCAGCAAUCGAGUCAGCACAGCCAAAUAUAAUGUCCUCACCUUCCUUCCCCGGUUCCUCUACUCACAGUUCAGGAGGGCAGCCAAUGCCUUCUUUCUCUUCAUCGCACUCUUGCAGCAAAUCCCAGAUGUGUCUCCCACUGGUCGCUGGACCACACUGGUGCCGCUGCUCUUCAUCCUGGUGGUGGCUGCUGUCAAGGAGAUCAUUGAGGAUCUGAAACGUCACAAUGCUGACAGUGUUGUCAACAAAAAGGAAUGUCAAGUACUGAGGAAUGGCGCCUGGGAGAUUGUGCACUGGGAGAAGGUUGAGGUGGGCGAUGUUUUUAGAAUAAAUGGCAGUGAUUUCGUUCCCGCGGACGCUGUCAUUUUAUCGUCCAGUGAACCACAGGGUAUGUGCUACAUUGAGACAUCUAACUUGGAUGGAGAAACAAACCUUAAAAUCAGACAGGGUCUCCAAGUGACCUCAGACAUAAAGGACAUCGACAGCCUGAUGCGUCUCUCUGGGAGGAUGGAGUGCGAGAGCCCGAACCGCCAUCUGUAUGAGUUUGUUGGGAACAUCCGCCUGGAUAGACACAGUACAAUACCGCUGGGUCCAGAUCAGAUCUUACUGAGAGGAGCUCAGCUGAGGAACACUCAGUGGGUGCAUGGUGUGGUGGUCUACACUGGACAUGACACCAAGCUCAUGCAGAAUUCCACUCGGCCUCCUCUGAAGCUGUCCAACGUGGAGCGAAUCACCAACUUUCAGAUCCUUGUGCUGUUUGGCUGCCUGCUGGCCAUCUCUCUGGUCUGCUCCAUUGGCCAAACCAUCUGGAAGUACCAGUACGGCAAUGAUGCCUGGUACAUGGAUCUCAACUCUCCAGAUGGCGGGGCGGCUAACUUUGGCCUCAACUUUCUCACCUUCAUCAUCCUGUUCAACAACCUGAUCCCCAUCAGCCUCCUGGUCACGCUGGAGGUGAUCAAGUUCAUCCAAGCCUUUUUCAUCAACUGGGACACCGAUAUGCUUUAUGAGCCCACAAACACACCUGCCAUGGCUCGUACCUCCAAUCUGAAUGAAGAAUUAGGCCAGGUGAAGUACAUUUUCUCUGACAAGACCGGGACACUGACUUGCAACGUGAUGCAAUUCAAGAAGUGCACGAUUGCUGGUGUUGCCUAUGGUCACGUCCCUGAGGCUGAGGAGGGUAAUUUUGCAGAGGACGACCGCCACAGCACGCACUCAUCAGACGAGGCGGGAUUUAAUGACCCAAGCUUACUGGAAAACCUCCAGAGUAAUCACCCUACAGCUGCUGUCAUCCAGGAGUUCAUGACCAUGAUGGCCAUCUGUCACACUGCUGUCCCCGAGUGCACGGAUGGAACAAUCAUUUAUCAGGCUGCAUCGCCAGAUGAAGGAGCUCUGGUGAGAGCAGCACGGAACCUCGGCUUUGUGUUUUCUGGUAGAACCCCGGACAGUGUCAUUAUGGAAAUGCUUGGAACAGAGGAGAAGUACGAACUACUUCAUGUGCUGGAAUUUACAAGCGCGAGAAAGAGGAUGUCAGUCAUCAUGCGCACCCCAUCUGGGAAGAUCCGCCUCUACUGCAAAGGAGCUGACACAGUGAUCUAUGACCGCCUGGCAGACAGUUCUAGGUACAAAGAGAUCACGUUGAAGCACUUGGAACAGUUUGCAACUGAGGGGCUGCGUACUCUGUGCUUUGCGGUGGCAGAUGUCAGUGAGUCGUCUUAUAAGCAGUGGCUGGAGAUCUAUCACAGAGCCUCUACCUCCCUGCAGAACAGAGCCCUAAAACUGGAGGAGAGCUACGAACUGAUAGAAAGGAACCUGCAGCUGCUGGGAGCCACAGCAAUAGAGGACAAGCUACAGGAUAAGGUACCCGAGACCAUUGAGACUCUGAUGAAGGCGGACAUCAAGAUCUGGAUCCUGACAGGAGACAAACAGGAAACAGCCAUUAAUAUUGGGCAUUCCUGCAAACUGCUGACCAAGAACAUGGGCAUGCUCGUGAUCAAUGAAGACACUCUUGAUAGGACAAGGGAAACACUCAGUCACCACUGUGGAAUGCUGGGAGAUGCCCUCUACAAGGAAAACGACUUUGCUCUCAUUAUUGACGGGAAGACUCUCAAAUACGCCCUCACAUUCGGAGUGCGACAGUACUUCCUGGACCUCGCUCUGUCCUGUAAAGCUGUCAUAUGCUGCAGAGUAUCUCCUCUUCAGAAAUCAGAGGUGGUGGAGAUGGUAAAGAAACAGGUGAAGGUGAUCACACUGGCCAUUGGUGAUGGUGCUAAUGACGUGGGAAUGAUCCAGACAGCUCAUGUCGGUGUGGGAAUCUCAGGCAACGAGGGCCUGCAGGCAGCUAACUCCUCUGACUACUCCAUUGCUCAGUUCAAAUACUUGAAGAAUCUGCUGCUCGUCCAUGGAGCCUGGAAUUACAACCGUGUAGCCAAGUGUAUCCUGUACUGCUUCUACAAGAAUAUUGUCCUCUACAUCAUUGAGAUCUGGUUCGCGUUUGUCAAUGGCUUUUCAGGCCAGAUCCUGUUUGAACGCUGGUGCAUCGGCUUGUACAACGUGAUCUUCACUGCUCUGCCUCCUCUUACUCUUGGAAUAUUUGAGCGUUCCUGCAGGAAAGAAAACAUGCUGAAAUACCCAGAACUCUACAAAACCUCCCAGAAUGCUAUGGGCUUUAAUACUAAGGUCUUCUGGGCCCAUUGUCUGAAUGGCCUCUUCCACUCCGUCAUCCUCUUCUGGUUCCCCCUUAAAGCCUUCCAGCAUGAUACAGUUUUUGGCAACGGAAGAACUCCAGACUAUCUCCUCUUAGGCAACAUGGUUUACACAUUUGUGGUCAUCACAGUUUGUCUUAAAGCCGGACUUGAGACCUCAUCCUGGACCAUGUUUAGCCACAUCGCCAUCUGGGGAAGCAUUGGCCUGUGGGUGGUGUUCUUCAUUAUCUACUCCUCCCUUUGGCCCCUCAUCCCUCUGGCUCCCGACAUGUCAGGAGAGGCGGAGAUGAUGUUCAGUUCGGGGGUCUUCUGGAUGGGCCUGGUCUUCAUCCCAAUCACUUCUCUGGUCUUUGACGUGGCCUACAAAGUGGUGAAGAGGGUUUGCUUCAAGACUCUGGUGGACGAGGUGCAGGAGCUUGAGGCUUUAUCCAAAGACCCAGGAGCAGUGGUGCAUGGAAAGAGUUUGACAGAGAGGGCCCAGCUCCUGAAGAAUGUUUUCAAGAAAAGCACGGUCAGCUUGUACCGGUCUGAUUCCAUGCAGCAGAACCUGCUCCAUGGCUACGCCUUCUCUCAAGAUGAAAACGGAGUGGUGUCUCAGUCUGAGGUCAUCAGGGCGUACGACACCACCAAACAGAGGACCAACGAGUGGUGAGACGUUGGCCAAUCCGAGCCACAACCGCCGUUUUCUGAUGGCGACAUUUGAAGCUUAACGGGGAGAAGACGAGGUGCGAGCGCGUGCCUCCAGCACUGAGGGGAUGUUUGGACGUGAAUAUGAAAUGGACAGAGGAGAGUGACAUAGAGUUGUCUUUGAUAAAGGGAAAAAAAAAUACAAGGAUCAAAACAAAAUGUGUUCACUAUCAGCUGUAGUUGUUUGUCCAGCAGACAUGAUGAGCACUGCGCUUUCUUAGCAGUCUGUGGUCUGAAGUUCUUCACUGUUCUCGCUCAGUUUGUUGGAGUGAACGUCUCCUUUCUAUUGAAAAUCAUCAAAUUAUUAAAUGAAAUCAAACUCCUGAACACUGUUAUUAGAAGUUAAAACACUGGACGAUGGUUAGUUUUAGAGGAUUUGAACUUUGAGAGAUUGCCAAAGAGCAGUCGUGUAUACAAUCUACCAAGUAGCUCGUGAAUUCGGAAAACUUUAAACCAAAUGUAAUCACACUCCUGAGUGUAUUCCAGCACUAAACGGACCACUUCAGAGCAGACAUUUCUAUUAUUUUUAAUUUUCUUUUUGCACUCAGUGAAGCAUCUAAAGUGUAAAGCCUUACAUUUGCUCAUGCCUUCGUCCUUGUUUCUUUUAAAAUAGGUUUCUUUAUUUUUAUCUUUAAUUUUUAAAGUCUGUAGAUACCGUGCCUAGUUUGAUUCCUUUUUUGUUUGUUUGUUUGUUUUUUGUUUUUAAGACGUUGCCUCCUGCAACCCGCCGUAGUCCUGUUUCCACCGUUUUUACAGCAGAAGAAUUGCUCUUGACAAAUAAUUGCAUUCCACACAUCACUCCUGUCUCAACAAUCACAACGGUGCCUACGUAGAACUUUUCCCUCAUAGAAGAAUAGUUUAGCCAGCUAGCUUAGACCAGUGCUCCACACACACCGACCGAAGAUAAAAUCACCAUCUCCCCCACCACAGUAUUGCACUCGUAUAAUGUGAAAACUACAGAGUGCCUUGUGGCACAUGUAUUAAGUAAGAUUUGUUCCUGCGCAGGUGAACGGGAGGCUCUCUGACAGUUUUGUUGAAGCUUACAGUGGUGAUAGUGUUUCCCUUCAAAUGGAGAUUUUAUCCUUCUAACAUAAGUGCCAUUAGCUUAAGGGAGAAAGAAAUAUUAGCCAGGAAAACUCCACAAUAAUAUCAAAACUACUUUGUCUCUAUAGUUAUUUUGUGGAUUUGUAUUUUUAUAUUGGAGAUGUAUGAAUUUUGCAUUGACUGGCUUUGUAAUGAACUGUCUGUAACUUUUAGUUUCUUCUUCCUCUGAUAAACUGGCAGGAUAGAAUAGAUCGAGUGAGGAAACUGAGCUUUCUUAAAUGUCUUGUUAUUAUUAAUAUUAAUAUUGUUACAGCUUGAUUUAUUUAUAAUUGACUACUUAAUGUCUGUGUGAUUGCUUUCUUCUCCCUAUGGGAGAUCAGAUUUCUGAUGGUGUGUGUUGAAUGUGUGCGCGUCAGUUUAUCGCCUGCAUGUGCAUGUGCCGUGUGUGUGUGUGUAAGGGCGUGCGCGCGCGUGUGUGUGUUACCUCUACUGUGGAUAACGUCUAUGUAUGCAUGUCUGUGUCCUCUAUGUGAGACCGGGAGUUACUGGUGUCUCCUGGUGUGUUUCUUUUAUUGUAUGAGCGCGUGUGUGAGUGUGUUUGUGUGGUGACGCUUGCUCCAGUUGUCCGUCUGCACGACUCCAGGUAUAACUAUGGUGUACUACUGUGUGCUGAUGCAUGGCCCAUAUGGGAAAGUGUGAGCAUUAGCGUGUGGUAUGAAUGUGUGUGUGUGUUUGUGGUCAAACUCUCGGCCUCGACUGUGAGAGUUUCUGAUGCUCGGCUCGCUUCGACGGGAGAUGUUGCACAAAGCACUUGAUGUACCUUUCCAGUAGUGGAUAUCUGGUAUUAUCUGGUUUCGGUAUAUGAUUUAUCUUGACUGUACAUGUUUGUAACUUGUUUUCUUCAUGCAGUGUAGCUCUGCUUUUACAGGAAAGCUCUUUUGUGUUUCUCAGCUUAGUGAGGGUUUCUGAUUACGUUUAUCUGCUGGUCUUUAGUGCUAAAACUUGAUUGGUUGUCAUCUCGUCAAAAAUUUUCCAAACUGUUGAAUGUGGAUGUCGUCUUUGUGGAAGGCUUGGACUGUUGCUUUCUUCUUCUUCUUUUUUUUCUUCAGAAAACAUAAAACACGUUGUUGUCUGUGAAAGUCGUGGGCUGCAUGAAUGGAUAACACAAACUGUUCUCUGAAAUGUUAACUGUACUACUUUGAUUCUCCUUCAAGUGUUGAUCACUUCACAAAAGAGAAAAAAAACGCACCUUUAACUUUAAUUUUCAAUGUUUUUUUUUUUCUUCUUUUGUGUCAUUUUGUUCAAUGAUUGUUCUGCAUGUUGGGACUGCAAACUUAUAUGUGUUGUCUUUUACUGCCAUGAAGGACUACUGAAAUAAACUUUACAAUCAUGGA